GCGCGGCGGCCGCGCCCUCCGGUGCGGCGCGCGCGCGCGGCGCGCGGGGGAAGCGCGCGCGGCGGCCAUGGCGUCGAACAUGCCGCGGGAGGUGGAGGCCAGGAUACGCGCCCUGCCCGGAAACAACGUGUGCUGCGACUGCAACCACGUCAACCCGCAGUGGGCCACGGUCUCGUACGGCGCGCUCAUGUGCCUGGAGUGCUCAGGGCAGCACAGAUCUCUCGGCGUGCACCUCUCAUUCGUGCGAUCCAUCCAGAUGGACCGAUUCCUGGACAGCGAAGCAGAUCGACGCCAUGGAGAAAUCAGGUGGCAACGGUAAGAUGAUUGAGUAUUUCAGUUCGCGGGGUAUCGACAAGAGCAUGGCCAUCCACACGAAGUACAACACGAAGCAGGC